AUAUUGAUGAGUGUAAGCCAAUCAACCCUUGUUGGAACAAUGGUAAAUGUGUCAAUGCCAAACCAGGCUUCAAAUGCACCUGUUCUAGUGGCAUUAAAGGAGAUCUCUGCCAGGAAGUGUGUGUUCCACCCAGGACUCCAUCUGGAGUUAUUGAGGAGGUACCAUCCAAUGGAUACUUGAAUUCUAUAGUACGGUAUAACUGUAAGGAUGGAGAGACCCUGGAAGGCUCAAGAGCCAGGAGGUGUGAAAUAGGUGGCGAAUACUCAGGCGUUCCUCCUAAAUGUAGCAAACAAUCAGAUUUCCAAUCUAAGAAGUGCCCUGACCUGAAGAACCCCAGCAAUGGAGUAGUGACUGGCUUUGGAGGCUAUAUUGGUAUGAACAUGAAGUAUGAGUGUAACCCUGGAUAUAUCCUCAAAGGAGACGCAGUGAGGACUUGUACAAAAGAAGGAAAAUGGUCAGGAGAUGAAGUGACAUGUGAAGAUUUUGGAGAUGGAAACGAUAUGCAAUGCCCUAAUUUAAAGGUAAUGGUGAUAGACAAAGCAGACCCAUCUUGUAGAAAAUAUAUUGAAUGUUUUAACAAUGAGAUCACACAUAGGGAGUGCCAGGGGGGAUAUACGUUCAGUAAUGAGGAAAAGAAAUGUCUGCCUGCGUUUAUGGUGCCAUGUGGCUUCCAGACAAGGUCCAAUAGGAUGGGUGGACGAAAUAUUAGGGGCCGAGCAAGGCCAGAACCAAUCUCGCCUCCACGACGGGGAUAAUACUACUACCCUAAUCCUGGGUGAAUUGAACAUUGGUUUAUUCAUUUCAGGUCUACCUUCGAUGAAAUUGUUAUGGAUAUGUUUUAUCAGAAUAUAUUUAUAUUGUGUGUG